AUGAUGCAGUAUACCAUCGCCUUCGGGCUUGCUCUUGCCUCUCUCGCAGCUGCUGUUCCAGCUCCAGCUCCUCAAGACGCGAACAUUCCCGACCCCAAUGACCCUUGGAAGAGUGUCAUCGAUCCCUGGGGCAUUUACGGCCACAAGCCUGACAUGACCAAGCGGGCCGAUAUCGUUGUCCGCGACGAUGGCUACAGCAUUGGCGAUCUGGAUAUCUCCAACGAUGAUAUCCUAAAGCAUGCCAAGCGCGCGGAUGGAUCUUCCAUCACGGACUAUCUGGGCAAAAUCCCAGGUUGUGACCUCGACCCCAGCGAUGCGAGCGUACCCAAGCCAGGCUGGGCGGUGAACCAGGGUGUCAAGAUCCCCAAGGAUGGCGACAAUGAUGCUUGCACCACCGGUCACAAUGCCGACCACUGCUGGACCGAGUACCGUCUUGUCGAGGCGGCCAUUGAGUACUUUUCCUGGAGGAAGAGUGGCUCCGCUGUGAACUGCCCUGCAGAGGCCGGCAGCUCAUGCAGUAUCGCUAUCCAGACCCUGCAGCAGAGCUGUGCCCUUACUGGAACCACCAAGACGGACGGCUGGGACUUCAAGAUCUUUGAGGGGUCCCUCGGAGUUGGCCUCGACCCGACCGGCAAGUCCAUCAAAGGCGAAUUCGGAGGCAGCAUGGGCAUCACCCACAGCUGGGCUACUACCACGCACGAUCUACGCAACAACUGCGCCGGAGACUCCUCAACCGUCACAUGCACAUGGACCAACCCAACUGGCGAGAAGAAGGACCUUUGCCACCAGGUCUGGUACGCCGACCGUGUAGCUCACAUCUGGGGCCAGGCCCAGCGCACCUGCAACAAGUGCACCAAUGGUAACGUCCAACAGAACACUGGCGAUGGUACCGUAUGCGUGCGUGGCCAGAUGGAGUUUGAGUUCCGCCUGCCUCUCAACAAGCUCGUCCACUGUGAUGGAGCGUGUGACUCGGAGGACCCCGGCCUUAACAUGCCGCCCAACGGAGAGCGUAGGGCUUACCAGGAGGUCAAGGACUGGAAUCUCGUCCCUAUCCGCCCUAAGAAGCCCGAGGAGCUGUGA